AUGCCAACGGCAGGGGACAGCGCUGAAGAUGAAGAGGAGAUAUCCGAUGACUCUCAAGUCGGAGAUGAUGGAACUAAUGCGACUGCCUCGGGCGAGCGGCUGCUGGGAGAAGCCGAAGACGUGCUCCAUUCAAUCUUUCGGGAUCAACCAUCAUGGAUUGCUGGUCUAGAAGAUCAAGAUCCUGGCAUGUUUCCCUCCUUAUUCCCUUACCAUAUUCCAACUGGGUUCAGUCUACCACCACAGGGUAGACGAUUGAGUGGAUCUACCAUUCUGACUGCAACCACCGAGCCAUUGGACCAAUCAAAUUCCACGGGCUACAACAAUCAACGGAUUGAAAAGAAGAAGCGAGAAAAGCUGACCAAACAAAUGGAUGACCUACACAUUCGUUUCUUUCUUCAACGACUCCAUCAAAGUCAAUUGAAACGACCACGUCCAUCGGCAAAAACAGUGCUGCGAGACCAAGCAGUCAAAUGGAAUCCGAGAGAAGCAGAACACACACAUCAGCAGAAAUCCGAAAUGGAAGAUCUCCAAGCGCAGGCUGCAUUUUCAGACAUUUUAGAACUCCGCAAGGGUCGCAAUGUAGAAGCUGCUCGGCAAGACAAUGAAAACGACGCCUAUAGCUUGUUGCUGCUGGGCAAAGUCCAAAAUGAUCUCGGCGAUUUCACGCGUGCAUUUAGCAACUUUGAAAAGGCCUGGGGGAUUAUUCUGUCCAUGAGUGAUGAUGAAGGACGAGUCCAGUAUGAUGGCAAGUCCUUGGAUGGUCUGCAGGAAACGCUUUCUUCAGACUCCAACACUGCUGGCUUGGAGCCAAUAGAUGUUGGUAAUGCAAUUUACUUGAUGGGGAAUGUACAGCUUUCUUGUGGAAACAAGAGCCAGGCGAUGGAAUUACUUCAAGAGGCGCAUCGCAUCUUUCAGGGAUGCAAAUCCUUUGAGUGUCUUGCGUAUGGGAUGGACGGCGGGGGGAGAGAUGAUGGGAACGAACUGUUAGUUUCGGAUACUUUGGCUGCCAUGGGGGACUGUUUUGGACAGCAAGAACAGAAGGAACGAUCCCUCGAUUGCUAUGAACAAUGCCUGGCUACUCGUCGUGAAAUCCUCGGGGAUAAUCACGAACUGGUGACAGAUGCUUUGGUUGCCCUAGGGGACCUGUUUUGUUGUGGCAGCGAGGGUUUUGAAGAGAGGCGGGCUCUUUCGUAUUUUCAGCAAAUACCUCCAGUUCAAUCAUCUCCGUUCCGUGUGCAUAUUUUGGAGAAAGAAGCCAUUCUUCAGUUUCAGCUAGGAGAGACGUCUUCUGCGCUGAACAAGUUUCAAGAACUCAUCCAAAUGCGCAAGGAUGCGGAACUUGAACAAACCGUCAACGACACGACAUACUUCAACGCUUUGAUCUCGAGCGGCGUCUGUUACUAUGCUGCUGGUAACAGAGAAAAGGCCAAAUCAUACUACAAGAGAGCUUCUGGUAUUUAUGCCAAGAGCCAACUUGCUUCCGAAAACCCUCGUGAAGCAUCAAUCCUGGCUUUCUCCGAGGCAGCAGUCAGGAAGACGAGACUGGCAAAGGCAAUGGAUGAGUUUAAGCUUGCAAUGCGCAUUCGAGACAAAUGGCAUGAUGGAAAUGUUGCCAAGAGCGAGGGUUCUUCGUCUCAAACUGUGAACUGGUACUAUUACCUUCGGGAUGACCGAAGAGGGUGGCCGGACGGAUGGUAUAAAUUUGACGCCCAAGUCAUGGAAGAAACAGAGUGCUUGUAUCAAACACACGUGGUGGAGAAAAAAUCCAAGUGGUUGUCCUUUCGUGAACAAAGCAAACACGUAUUGGUAAGCGAGUCCAGUGGCUUUGCCUAUGAGAUUGAUUUCCGAAAGAUGACACAAACCAACGCUGUCAGUGGAACAAUCCGCCCUGUUGCUAGAACGGAAGACGGCCGCCCACCAAGUGACGUGCCUUCAUGA